AUGCAUUUAAUUGAUUUACCUAUAGAAUUAACCCAAAAAAUGAUUCCAAAAGAUCAAACAUUAUUAAAUUUACCAAUAACUGAAAGUAUAAAAUGGCUAAAUUUAUUUCAUCCAUAUGAAAGUCUAACUAUACUAAAAGCUGGUUAUAUGUCAAGAGAUUGGAAGUUGUAUAUGGAAAAAUUUCAAAGAAAAAUUUAUUUAAAUUUUGGUGAAGCAAUAGAUCAAAUACAUUAUUCAAAUUUUAUAAUAAUUGAUUAUUCAUUAAUAGCUAAUCGUAUAUUGGAGUUUUCAAAUCUUUUUCGAUUUUUACAGAUUUGGACUGGAAUUACUGAAGAGCAUACAUUUAUUUGGUUAAGUGAAUUAUCCUUAAAACCUAAUAAUUCCAAAAAUUUAUAUGAUGUUGAAAUGUCUGUUACUGAUAAUAAAGUUCUUACAACAAAUUUCACAAAAUUUAAAAUCAAAUACGAAAAUAUACUAAAAGAAAUUAGACACAAAACUGAAUCAAUACCACAUCAUUAUCCAAUACAAAAAGAUCCUUGUCAUUUUGGUAGUUUUUUUAAUAAUUUAUUAGAUAUUGAAAUUAAUUUAGAUUAUGAUGAGUAUUUAAAACUGGUUGAUUUGAUAAAUCAAUAUACUUCAAAUCGAGAUUCCAUAACUCCCACUACUGCUAAAAUUAUUAUCAAUCCAACUAAAUCAAGUCCCAAAUUUUUCAAACCUAAAAUAGUGACUGAUUUAUUUAAACCAAGACAAAACUUAACAAUUGAAUAUUUUGGUCAAGAAACAACAGUUCAGUACUUGGACGAGUUUACAUACUGUAUACCACAAAGUCCUGGACGUAUAAGUCUAGCAUUUGGGAAACUAGAUUAUGUUAAAGUUUUUGAUCUUUUUAAAAAUAGUGCUGUAGAGCGUGAUUUACGACUUGCGUUUCAAGUUAAAAUUAGCAGAUCAUAUUACAAUUCAAUUCAAAAAAAUGUAAGUAAGAAAUUUUGGAAGAGAGAAUUUUAUAAAGAUUGUGUGAUCUUAUGUUUAUUUCGUUAUUUUCAAAUAUGGACUGGUGAUCCUGAAAGGUAUACGUUUGUAUGGUUGAGUCAAAUUCCAUUAAAACCGUUUAAUUCUUCAAAUUUAUAUGAUGUUGAAUUCUUGAACUUUGAUGAUCUGGUAAUAAGUUUACCCUUUACAAUCUUCAGAAAUAGGUAUAUGAGUAUAUUGAAUGGAACUUUGAAUAAAAUUGAACCACUGCCAAUUGGCUAUUUCAAUAAAAACGUGCAAAAUUUUGAAAGUUUUUUUAAAAAUCUCAAUAAUAUAGAGUUGAAUUUGGAUUAUGAUAAAUAUCUAAAGGUAGUAAUGACAAUAAAAGCCUUUGAUACAAAAUUUGAAAUGGUGCCGCAACUGGCGAAAUUAAUUAUAAAUCCAACAAAAACUAGUCCAGUCUACUUCAAGCCUGAAUUGGUCUAUAAAGUUUUCAAGCCAGCUAAAAGCUUGACUUUACAUUACUUUGGACAAUUUACUACUGUCCAGUAUGUUGAUGAACUAACUAACUUCAACUACUUGAAUCUUGACAGCUUAAAUUUAGGUUUUGGAGAGUUAGAGUAUUACAAAGUAUUUAAAGAAAUUGAAAAAAGAAGACGUUUGGAUUUUCAAGUUAAACUUAGUAGAACAUAUUAUAAUUCGAUUCAAGGAACUGACAAAAAAAGACAUUGGAAAAGAGAAAUUAAUCAAGAUUUUGUUGUUAUAUGGUUUGAACCACCCAGUUUUUGUCGAGCUUAA